GGACAAACGUACCAGAACACCGACCCAGAUUGUAACUCCCCUCAAGCACAUCAGCUACAUGUAGGUCAACUUACAGUUCGCCGAUUAAACAGCAGCAGUAACCAUGACAACAGACGGUGAAGGUGUUGCCAUGGAGAUAGAGCGGAUAAAGAAGCAGCUGGACCUUGGCCCCCACCCCUCGGGGUACGGGGCGUUCCGGGAGAUGUUCAAGGGGGACAGACAGGUCAUCUUUACCGCCAAAACAAGUCACAGCGGUUCACGGUCCACAGGAACCAGUAUCUACUUCCUGUUACAGAGGCCCAACAGUGUUCAAUGGCACAAGCAUCUCUCAGACGAGGGUUUCUACUGGCACGCUGGCGGGAAAGUUAUAAUACAUCUACUAUCUGACAGCGGGGAGCUGACGACAACGACGCUGGGUGACGUCACACGUAACGAGGACUGCGCAUGCCAGGCGGUGGUUCCCCAUGACACGUGGUACAGUGCCGAACUGGCCCCUGACGCUCAAUAUUCCCUCUACAGCGCCGUCGUCAUACCUGGUUUCGAGUACGAGGACUGGAUCCAGGGGAAACGCGAGGAAAUGGUGAAACAAUUUCCUCAACACGAGGAACUCAUUACAAGGCUGACAUAGAUUGUCUGAAUACCUCUAUAAUUGUAUGCAAUACUUAUGGUGCUCUUGUUGUUGUUUUUGAAAUAAUCUGAAAUCGUAGACUUACUUGUUUCAGUCAGCCAUUAUUUCUUGUAAAUGUUAACGUUUUCUAAACAUCAAUACAUUUAAGCUUGAACUUUUAAUUGAUUUAUUAAUACACGUAAAUACUGUUUUCAAUGAUUUACGCUCAGUCUUUCGUUGAAAUCCAUGACUUACAUUGAUAUACGUAUAUCAUACAAUUCACGUGAAUCAUUUUCAUUGCAUUUGUUUAAUUUGUUAUUGUCAAAUAAAACUAAAUCUGUAU